GAACAUGGCGGAAAGCACAAAAUCAGAAAAACGUCCUCUUGACGAAGAAACAUCUCCUGGAGCUGGCGAUGAUGAUGAAUGGAUAGGUCCUCUCCCAGCCGAGGCUGCAAAACCAAAGAAAAGGAAGGUCUUACAGUAUGAACAAGUCUACCUGGACAACCUUCCCAGUUCGGAAGCUUAUGAGAAAAGUUACAUGCAUCGAGAUGUCAUUACCCACUUGGCAGUCACUAAGACGGCUUUCAUCAUCACGGCCAGUCAUGACGGCCAUGUCAAGUUCUGGAAGAAAUGUGAAGAGGAGGGCAUCGAGUUUGUCAAACACUUCCGAUCACAUUUAGGUUCAAUUCGGGAUGCGCGUGCAAGUCCCAACGGUGAAUACUAUUGUACGGUGUCGGAGGAUAAAACACUGAAAGUAUAUGAUAUUGUCAACUUUGACAUGAUCAACAUGAUCAAGCUUGGCUUUGUCCCGUCUUGCUGCUACUGGAUCUUUGCCGCUGGAGAUGCUACCCCUGCUGUUGCAGUAGCUGAAAAAGACUCGUCAAAGAUCUGUGUUUACGAUGGCAAGGGAACGUCAGAGCCCCUCCAGGUUCUGGAAAAGAUUCACUCAAAACCUGUCACAGUGAUUAGGUACAAUCCUGUCUUCGAAGUAUGUGUCUCAGUUGACCAGUCAGGUAUGGUCGAGUAUUGGACCGGACCGAAAUAUGAUUACAAGUUCCCAAAGAACAUUCUAUGGGAAUAUAAGACCGACUCGGAUCUCUAUGAAUUUGCAAAGUGUAAAUGCCAGGUGAUUGAUAUUGCCUUCUCUCCAAAUGGUAAACAAAUGGCAGUGAUUUCAACGGACAGAAAAAUAAGAAUAUUCAAGUUUCUGACGGGGAAGCUGACCAAAGUCAUGGACGAAUCGUUACAGCACUUCACAGAACUACAACAGAUGAAACAACAACUGCCAAACAUGGAAUUCGGUCGGCGGAACGCAAUUGAAAAAGAUCUAGAAAGAUCAGACUCAUUUCCUUUGUGCAACUUAGUGUUUGACGAAAGUGGGUACUUCCUAAUGUAUGGAACGAUGCUGGGUAUUAAAGUUGUCAACCUCCACACAAAUCGCUGUGUCAGAACCUUUGGUAAACCAGAGAAUGCACGCUUCCUCCAGAUAGGCCUAUUUCAAGGCUCGGGCAGGAAAAGCAAAGCCGCCUUAACAGUGGAGAUGGAAGCGUCCGAUAAUCCGGCAUUAGCUAACGUCCAGGAUGAUCCCACUUUGAUUUGUACGGCCUACAAGAAACAUCGAUUUUAUCUAUUUACGAAGAGAACACCGGAGGACACAAAGAGUGCUGAUGCUGAGCGUGACGUCUUCAACGAGAAACCGUCAAAGGAAGAGAUGGUUUCAGCGACACAGGACACGUCGUUCGCCAGGACAGCUAGUACCGCCAUCAUCCACACCAGCCUCGGUGAUAUUAAGUGUUCUCUCUUUCCAAAAGAGACCCCCAAAACGGUUGAAAAUUUCUGCGUCCACAGUAAAAAUGGUUAUUACAAUGGCCACAUCUUCCAUCGGGUUAUCAAAGGCUUCAUGAUACAAACUGGAGAUCCCCAAGGCAAUGGUACCGGUGGUGAGAGUAUCUGGGGAGGAGAAUUUGAGGAUGAAUUUCACCCAAUUUUGAAACACGACCGACCUUACACCAUGAGCAUGGCUAAUGCUGGUCCUAACACCAAUGGUUCACAGUUCUUUGUAACGCUAGCUCCCACGCCCUGGUUAGACAACAAACACACCAUCUUUGGGCGGGUGACGUUAGGAUUUGAUGUGGUUCAGAAUAUCGGUGCAGCGCGAACGAAUGCAAAGACGGACAAACCUCAUGACGACAUCAAGAUCAUAAACAUUACUAUCAAGUGAAGUUUUUGUCCGUCAAGACAUGAGCCCAGUUUGGACUCAUAAACAUUACUAUCGAGUGAAGUCUUUGUCCAUCAAGACAUGAGCCCAGUUUGGACUCAUAAACAUUACUAUCGAGUGAAGUCUUUGUCCAUCAAGAAAUGGGCCAAGUUUAGACUCGUAAACAUUACUAUCAAGUGAGGUCUUUAUCAAUCAAGACAUGAGCCAAGUUUGGACUCAUAAACAUGACUAUCAAGUGAGGUCUUUGUCCGUCAAGACAGGAGCCAAGCAUUUUCAUGUGAUGAAAUUUGAGUUUUGGCUGUAGGCACUUUCACAUCCCUGAUCAUGAAAGGUAGGAUGGGGUAUUGUAGCCCGGUUUGAUUGUAGCCCCUGCCUAUGAUAUUGAUUGAUAUCCCCAUGUUUGAAACAAUGCAGCGACUAUAUAUAAACCGGGUUGACAAAUACCCCAUUCUACCUUAUUUGUAACUUUCACAGAUCACUUGACUGAUGUUCAACAGUGCUAGAAUCAGAAAUACCAAAUGAAUGACCAAUACAUGUUUUGAAGCAGACUUGGAGAAAAUGUAUUGUGUUGUGAAUAAACAUUUUAAGAAAAUACA